AUGAAGGUCCAGCAGCUGCUGCAGGUGAGCGACGGGAUCCUGAGGCAGCUGGAUGAGGCCGAGGACCGGGCGUGGCGAGAGGCUCUCAACCUGGCCAUCCGCACGGGCGGCGAGGAGAUCACCAAGACGCUCCUGCGCAUUGUCAAGUUUGACUUCCGUCAGAUCCACGAGGCCUUGCUGGUUGCCGUGGAUACCAACCAGCCCACCGUGGUCAAGCUGCUGCUGGACCGCCUGGACCAGGAGAAAGGCCGCAAGAUGGACAUCAAGUCCUUCUCCUCGGCCUUGUUUGACAACUCCAUCGACAACUCGCGCUUUGCCCCGGGCGUGACGCCCCUCACCUUGGCUUGCGAGAAGGACCUCUACGAAAUCGUGGACAUGCUCAUGAAGAAAGGCCACGCCAUCCCGGGGCCGCACAAGGUCUCGUGCUCCUGCCUGGAGUGCUCCAACGGCCGCAAGUUUGACCUGCUCAAGUUCUCGCUUUCUCGCAUCAACACUUACAAGGGCAUCGCCAGCCGGGCGCACCUUUCCAUCGCCAGCGAAGACGCCAUGUUGACGGCCUUCAAGCUCAGCCGAGAGCUCAAGCGCCUCUCCAAGAAGGAGCCCGAAUUCAAGGUCUGUCUCUUGCUGCACCCAUCGUGUAGGUGUCAGGGACUGGACUGAGGAGGAAUGGUGGGAGGCCCCCCUGAACCUUCCCAAGGGCAGGAGGAAAGUAUUGAUUUAGAACAGUGGUUUGCAGAGGGGCAUAGUCCAGAGGGGGAAAGCCGGGAAAUAUUGGGCAAGGAACAGCUAGAAGAGGAAACACCAGGAGAGAGGCAGCUGGCAGAUUCAGUGUCCUUGGAUGGCAUUCCUGACCCCCCUUCGCCCAAGACUAGACGGGCUUUGAGAGUGAUAGAACAGAGAGCGCAGUGGCAAGAAGCUAAGAUUAUCUAAUGUUGGAGUGAUGUAGAUUAAUGCGGACGAAGGGGGUGAGCCUCUACUGGAAGCCAUGCCAUUUCUAGAGAUAUGCCUUCCUUUGUCACUUGCUGUGAUUAUUAAAUACUGUAGAUUCUGGCGUAUAAGACGACUUUUUAACCCUGGAAAAUCCUCUAAAAGGUCGGGGGUCAUCUUAUAUGCCGGGUAUGGGUUCGCUGGGCAGCGGCAGCGGGCGGUGGGCUCUGCCCUGGGAGGAAGCCACCCAGCGAAGCUGGCUUAGCAUCGCAUAAGACUGGGCGUAUAAGUCGACCCCCCCAAAUUGGCAGCUGCCAAUCUGGGGGGUCAUUUUAUACGCCCAGUUGCCUAAUACUCCGGAAUCAACAGUAAAUUGGUAAGAAUGCUCUUUUCGUUUUUUACUGCCGCCGAGGGAGGGAUUUGAUUCCCCAAAGCCUGACAGUAGGUCAAGGUGGGGAACAUCUAUGGCCCUCCAGGUAGUGUUGGACCACAACUCCCAUCAUCCCUGAACAUAGGCCAUGUGGGCUGGGAGUCCAACAACAUCUGGAAGGCCAUUGGUUGUUCCUCAGCCCUGACAUCGACGUUGCUUUUUAAUUCCACAAUAUUCACGUCACAAGCCUAAUUCUUUUUAGAGGAAGGAGUUGGGGUGGGGAGUCCAUGUAGACCAUGCUAUGCAUCUGGGCAAUUCAGAUUCUGCACCCAGAAAAGCCGUUCUCUUCAGAAUUGGGGUGGGCCAGACCCUUCCUUGACCCUGCCUUGUCCUUGUCCCCCCGUCCAGCCCGAGUACCUGGCCCUGGAGCAGCUGUGCCAGGAGUUUGCCUUUGAGCUGCUGGGAAUGUGCCGCAACCAGAGCGAGGUGACGGCCGUCUUGAAUGACGUGGCGGAUUCCUCGAAUGAUGAGGAAGAGGAGGACCUCGAUGACCAGGCCUUCGAGGAGGGCAUCCCCAACUUGGCAAGGCUUCGCCUGGCUGUCAACUACAACCAGAAGCGGGUGAGCUUGUCAGAGGAACAUGGUCUGAGGGCAGAUGGGAGCAGUGCCGGAUUUAAGGUAGUGUGGGCUGUUCUCCAGCACAGGGCGCCGAGCCAAGGGGGUACAAAACUACGGCGUAGCACACUUGAGAGUAUGCGCAGAAUGGAGAGGGGGGGAGGGUGCCAAAUUUUGUCCUCAGGGCACCAUAUUACCAAAGUCUGCUGCUGGUGUUAGGAAGGUCUUGCGGUUGGCAGGGGGUCUCACAUACUGCCAGCCACAAUGGCCAGCAGCAUUUUCCGUUGUCAAAGAUGCCAUGGCACUUGCGUUCUGGUUGUGGACUUCCCUUUGGGGGCACCCUUUGUUUGUUCACUGUGAGAACAGGAUGCUGGAGUGGAUGGGCCAUUGGCCUGAUCCAGCAGGGGUUGCCGAAACCUGUGGAAUCAGGUUUGAGAGAGCUGUUGCUUGUAAUCUUCUUGUGGUUCCCUAGCUUCAUCUGGUUGGCCACAGUGGAGAAGUCUUCAGAAACCGCCCCAAGCACCUUUAAGACCCCAGUAUAUCUGGCUGUCUUGCCUUUCAUAAACCAACAACCUUAUUCAAAAGUCCAUCCUCCCUCUUGUGUUGGUGUCCAUCUCACGCUUAUACUGGCCAUAUACAGUGGUACCUUGGUUCACGAACUUAAUCCGUCCUGGAAGUCCGUUCUUAAACCAAAAUUGUUCUUAAACUGAGGUGCGCUUUCCCUAAUGAGGCUUCCCACCGCCAGUGCCCUUCCACCGUUCGGUUUCCGUUCUUAGACCGAGGUAAAAUUCACAAACCGGGACACUACUUCCGGUUUUGUGGAGUUUGUAAACCGAAUCAUUCGUUAACAGGGCUGUUCUUAAGCUGAGGUACCACUGUAAACCAUUAGGGGGUUUUUAGAGCCAUUCUUAAUGAGACCCUAAACAGCAAUGGGAAAGCUGAAGAAGCGCAGAUCCAUACAGCUGUGUUUUUGCCAAGUGAGGCUGAGGGAGAUUGGGGGCGGGGAGGUAUACUUGACAGUCACUUUGGGGGAAGUAGUCCUGAGACCACCAGGCAGGCCUUUGCUUUUUGGUUAGGUCAGCAAUCUUUUUCAGCCGUGGGCUGGUCCACCGUCCCUCAGACCUUGUGGGGGGCGGGACUAUAUUUUGAAAGAAAAAAAUAUAUGAACGAAUUCCUAUGCCCCACAAGUAACCCAGAGAUGCAUUUUAAAUAAAAGUACAUAUUCUAUUCAUGUAAAAAUACCAGGCAGGCCCACAAAUAACCCAGAGAUGCAUUUUAAAUAAAAGGACACAUUCUACUUAUGUAGAAACACGCUGAUUCCCGGACCGUCCUCUGGCCGGACUGAGAAGGCGAUUGGCCCGGAUUCGGCCCCCGGGCCUUAGUUUGCCUACCCCUGGCUUUGAACCAGGAGUGACCUUUUCAUCUUGCGGUCUUGACUAUGCUACCACUCAGUGGAUUUGUAACUGGCUGACUGACCGAACCCAAAGGGUGCUCAUCAAUGGUUCCUCUUCAUCCUGGAGAAGAGUGACUAGUGGGGUGCCACAGGGUUCUGUCUUGGGCCCGGUCUUAUUCAACAUCUUGGAUGAUGGACUCAAGGGCAUCCUGAUCAAAUUUGCAGAUGACACCAAACUGGGAGGGGUGGCUAACACCCCAGAGGACAGGAUCACACUUCAACACAACCUUGACAGAUUAGAGAACUGGGCCAAAACAAACAAGAUGAAUUUUAACAGGGAGAAAUGUAAAGUAUUGCACUUGGGCAAAAAAAUGAGAGGCACAAAUACAAGAUGGGUGACACCUGGCUUGAGAGCAGUACAUGUGAAAAGGAUCUAGGAGUCUUGGUUGACCACAAACUUGACAUGAGCCAACAGUGUGACGCGGCAGCUAAAAAGCCAAUGCAAUUCUGGGCUGCAUCAAUAGGAGUAUAGCAUCUAGAUCAAGGGAAGUAAUAGUGCCACUGUAUUCUGCUCUGGUCAGACCUCACCUGGAGUACUGUGUCCAGUUCUGGGCACCACAGUUCAAGAAGGACACUGACAAACUGGAACGUGUCCAGAGGAGGGCAACCAAAAUGGUCAAAGGCCUGGAAACGAUGCCUUAUGAGGAACGGCUAAGGGAGCUGGGCAUGUUUAGCCUGGAGAAGAGGAGGUUAAGGGGUGAUAUGAUAGCCAUGUUCAAAUAUAUAAAAGGAUGUCACAUAGAGGAGGGAGAAAGGUUGUUUUCUGCUGCUCCAGAGAAGCGGACACGGAGCAAUGGAUCCAAACUACAAGAAAGAAGAUUCCACCUAAACAUUAGGAAGAACUUCCUGACAGUAAGAGCUGUUCGGACAGUGGAAUUUGCUGCCAAGGAGUGUGGUGGAGUCUCCUUCUUUGGAGGUCUUUAAGCAGAGGCUUGACAACCAUAUGUCAGGAGUGCUCUGAUGGUGUUUCCUGCUUGGCAGGGGGUUGGACUCGAUGGCCCUUGUGGUCUCUUCCAACUCUAUGAUUCUAUGAUUCUAUGAUUCUAUGAUCUUAUUUCUGUCAUGAACUCUACUCAAUAUUGAUCCUGAGCAGAACUCCAGUGUAUAGUUAGCAGAGUAAAAACUUAAACACGUUGCAGGAUUCCCAAAAAAUAGACUAGAGGCAAUUGUAUUUCAUCCAGCAGAGCUUCACUGCUACUGAAGGCAGAUGAGCAUAAUGGACCCAAGUCCAAAACCUUCAGGAUUGGCACUGGCCAGUAGAAAUCCAGUUGCAGCAGACUUAACUCAAACUUACAAUAACUUAUAAUAAGAUACUGAAAUUUAACACUAAGCAUACUGUGUACAGAAUAGCACACCAGAAAGAAUAGAUGUAGAAAGAGAAAGUGAGACCCAGCCUCCUUCUGGCCUUACUUUUAUAGUCAGCAUCACCUUAACAGAAGAGGUAAGUGAACCAGUUUAAGCCAGCUGUACUCAGCUUCUCUGAAGGAAUAAUCCAAACAUCGUGAACCUUCUGCUUGCUUCUUUCACACAGAGAAGCUGCCAGUACCCUCUUGAAUUAAUUAGUAGAGGCCAGUUCUGCAGAACUGGCAAAAAUGAGAGUAGGGACCAAUGGAACAACGGAUGUAUCUUCAUGCUGUCAGGCAACUUGAGCUUGAAUGCCACAGGGUUCACCUGCUGUGUUACCUCAAAGGGUCCCAGCCGCCUCGGCUGCAACUUCUUGCACCCUCCCUUUAGGGAUAACCCUUGGGUUGACAACCACACUCGGUCUCCCACCCGUAUGGCCUCCCCCUCCCGACAGUGCCUGUCUGCCUGCCUCUUGUAAACUUCCUUGGCCCGCUCCAAGUUCAUAUUGAGUUGCUGGUGCAAGGCCUCCAUUUCUUCCACAAACUGCUCUGCCGCAGGUACACUCCACCCUUCCUUUCCCCCUCCCCGGGAAGGCCCUGGGGUGACACCCAUAAUUGGCCAUGAACGGGCUCAUCCCCGUGGACACAUGUUCAGCGUUAUUGUACGCAAAUUCAGCCAGUGCUAGUUUCUUUACCCAAUCGUUCUGUCUCUUGCUGACGUAGCAGCGUAGGUAUUGCUGGAGUAUACUGUUCGCUCUUUCUGCUUGCCCGUUGGUUUCUGGGUGUCGCGCCAUCGAGAAGCCCACCUCUACCUGCAGCAAGCUCAUGAGUUUCCUCCAGAACCGGGAAGUCAAUUGUUUCCCGCGAUCUGAGAUAACCCUCGAAGGAGCCCCAUGCAACCUGAAGAUGUGAUCCACAAACAACUUGGCUGUCUCCUCUGCCGUCACCGCAUGUGAGCAAGCUAUGAAAUGGCACAUCUUCGACUUCCGGGUUGGCGCCAUCGCCGAAUGGCGGACUCCCUCCGAGCUCCGGAGGGAGUCUGCUCGGCAGGGGCUGGGUCCUACCGCGCCGGCGACGCGGGGACCCUUAAAAACCACGGGCAUGGAGUCCGUGGACAUGGGUGACUCGGCUUGCACCAUUAGCGCCCUCCCGACUCGUGAAGGAGCCUUUUUAAAGGCUUCGGAUCGGGUGCCGGGGAGCGGCGUGGUGCUUUGAGUCCUCUGCUCUCCCUGCCGAGCGCAGCCGCAUGCCAUUCGACGGAGAGCGCUGACUUCUUCCAUUGAAAAUUUGGACUAUUAACAACAACCCGUGAGUAAUUGGGAAACCGGGUACAAAAUUUCGGAUUUGGCACGAGCGGGGUGAUUUAAAAGGAAGUCAAUCCCCCUACUGUAAGCAUUCCAAAACAAGGACUGGGUAACCAAGGUCCAAAGGGAAGUAUAUUCUUGAUAAAAAUCAUUAAUUUCACGAUGGGAAAUUAUAAGAACUGUGCUGGAGGAGAAGAGUGGAGGGUGAGAAGAAAAAUGCAACCCCCCCCCCUGGGAACCGGGGCGAUUCGUGGAGCCUGGUGAAGAGAGACGGAGACUUUGACAGCUGUCAAAGUGGCUGUCAAAGUUGGAGAAUAUAAAGAGGACUUUGUUAUGAGGACUUUGCCGGUUAAUUUUGCUACAAUUUGCUACAAUAUGGAUAUAAACUGUUGGAAAAUAAGCAACAAUUUGACUUUUGGAUUAGAGGAUACAAAGUUAUUACAAUCCCCUAGAGGGGUUUCGGGAUAUUACAAGAACGGUCGUAAGUGGAAAAAUACUCUGGGAUUCGCACAGGACUUGUUAUCUUUUGGGAAAGCUGCAAAACUGAAAUAGUAUUUUGUCUACAGAGGUAUUUACAUUAAAGGAGACAAUAGAAUUUUCUAUUGAAGAAAGGAAGGGACUGGACGUAAGUUUUGUUCCUGAAUAACAAACCUCUGCAGAGAUACCAGAUUUCUGAAUUAGAAAGUUUUAGCAGCUGAACAGGACAAGAAACCUGAGAAAGCGAGGAAAAGAAGAACAAAGGACUGAUUACGACACGGAAAGAACAACGGGAGGAGUGGUAAAGAUCAAGGAAAUUAAAGGCCUUUGUUAGAUUGGACACUUGAAGUUACAUAUUACUAAUAAAUUAAAAGAAAACCGGCAAGAUGGAAUCGGGGAGAAAUUUGGACUUGAAUGGAGACUCCCAAGCCGAUAAUGCAUAGACUGAUGGAUAUGGGGAAUUCAAACCGGGGAAGGGGGGGGGGAGAUUUGAAAUCCAAAGGCUGUGUAACCAUCUUUUGAAUUUUUCUAUAUCUUUUAUUUUUUAUUUUUUUUACAUAACUUACGCAUGUCAUUUUAUUUUGAUUGGACGUGUUUAAAAAAAGGGAAUUCGUGGAAGGAACUGGGGUGGAUCUUGGGGAAAAUCUUUUUUCUUUUCUUGUUAAUGAUGUGGGACGGUGGUAAGAUUUGUACAAUUCAAUUUGGAUAGUGGGUUAAACAAAUUAAGCUUCAAAUUGGGAGUGAGAGCUUGUAGAACUAAAUUAAGGAAAGGGAAAUACAGUCGGGGGAGGGGGAGUCCCAGAAAGUAGGCAAUGAAAGUAAGGCUUUUAAAUAUCUUUUUUUCUUUUUCUUUUUUUCUUUGUAUUUUUAUAUUUUUGGAAACUUUAAUAAAUAUGAUUUAAAAAAAAAAAGAAAUGGCACAUCUUCGUCAGUAGAUCGACUACUACCAUGACUGCUGUCUUCCCCCUUGACUUGGGCAAAUCUGUCAUAAAAUCAAUGGACACCACCUCCCAGGGUCUUCCUGGCGUGGGUAAGGGUUCCAGUAACCCUGCGGGGGGCAGCCCUCUCCCCCUUUGCCCUUUGGCAGCGGUCGCACCCCCGUACAUAUUCCCGUACAUCCUCCCUCACCCUUGGCCACCAGAACUGCCUGGUGACGAGCAGCAUGGUUUUGUGCUGUCCAAAGUGCCCAGCUGUAGGGUUGUCGUGGAGUUGUUUGAGUACCUUCCCCUCAAGGUCUCCCCGGUACAUACAGCACCCCUUAUAGUACAGCACCCCUUCCUUUUCCUCAAACCCUCCAUGGUUUUCUCUUCCGUCUCGGAGUUCCCUGAUUUUAGUUUGAGCGAACACGUCGUUUCUAGUAAGCCCGGCCAGUUCUCGUUUCCCAGCCAAGGCUCCCCCCCACACCCAUCGGUCCUCGGGGAUCACGUGUCGGAUCUCCGGCGGUCCCUCUCCUUCCAUGUACUCCGGUUUCCGGGAGAGAGCAUCUGCUCUUACGUUUUCCUCUCCCGGCACGUAUCGGAUCUCGAAGGAAAACUUGGAGAACUCCUGUGCCCAUCGAAUCUGUCUCUGGUUGAGUACUCGCGCGGUCCUCCAGUAUUCCAAGUUCUUGUGAUCAGUACAAACCUGGAUCUUGUGCUGCGCCCCUAUUAACAGAUGUCUCCAUCGGCGAAACGCCGCAUAGAUCGCCAGCAGUUCGCGGUCAUACACCGUAUAGUUUUGCUCCGACUUGCUCAGCUUCCUCGAGAAAAAGGCACACGGCUUCCAGUCCUGCUUGCCCCCCCCCCCGGCUGCAAAAGUACCGCUCCAAUGGCUUGGUCGGACGCGUCGGUCUCUAGCCUCAUGGGCUUCUCCAGAUUAACGUGCAGGAGCUGCUCUUCCGAAGCGAACGCCUUCAUCAGUCUUUCAAAGGAUUGCUGGGCACUUUCUGUCCAGGCGAACUUCCUUUUGCUACUGAGACAAUCUGUGAUGGGCGCCGUCAAGUGGGCGAAGUUCUUGAUGAACUUCCUGUAGAAGUUGCUGAACCCUAGGAACCUCUGCACAUCCUUCCGGGUUUUGGGGGCCUUCCAUUCCAGCACUGCCUGCACCUUGCUUGGGUCCAUAGCUAGUCCCUUGUCUGACAACUUGUACCCCAGAAACUCGACCUCUCUGGUGUGAAAUUGGCAUUUUUCCAGCUUGACCCACAACUGGUGCUUCUGCAGCCUCUUUAGCACUUCCCUGACGUCUCUGACAUGUUGCUUCUCAUUGUCUGAAUAGAUUAAGACGUCGUCCAAGAAGGCUACGCAGUUCUUGUACAGCAGGGGCCCCAACACGUGGUGCAUGAAUGCUUGAAAGCAGGCGGAGCCCGAUUGUAAUCCAAAUGGCAUGACUAAGUACUCAAAAGCCCCCAGGGGGGUGAACAUGGUGGUUUUCCAUUCGUCCCCCUCCCUUACCCUGAUCAAAUUGUACGCUCCCCUGAGGUCCAGCUUGGUAAAAAUUUUCCCCUGCCUCACCCGUGUUAAAAUGUCGUCAAUCCUGGGCAUUGGGAAGGUCACGGGUUCUGAUACCAGGUUUAACGCCCUAUAAUCUACGACUAAUCUGGGCUGAUUAGUCCCUUUUUUGUCCACAAAGAACACCGGACUGCCCCCCACCGCCUUUGAUUCCCUUAUGAACCCCCUCUUCAGGUUCUUGUCAAUAAACUGCCGUAACUCCUGCAUCUCCCGGUCCGACAUGGCAUACAGCUUACCCACCGGCAGCUGAGCCCCUGGGAUUAAGUUGAUUUGGCAGUCAAAGGGCCUAUGGGGGGGUAGUCUAUCCGCCUCCUUCUCGCUGAAGACUUCCUUUAGGUCAGCGUAUGGUGGUGGCACCUCUCCCUUUGUUUCCACCGCCAGCCCAGCCACCCUGGCCACUGUCAUUCUUGGGGUUCCCCCCCAGACAGUGUUCCAAACAGUAAGCUGACCCAAAGGUGACUGACCGCUGAUGCCAUGACACUACUGGAUCAUGCAGUGCCAGCCAGCUCAUUCCCAGUAUUAUUGGGGGUCCUGCCAGUGUGGCCACGUGAAAGGCAAUGGUCUCCGUGUGCCUGGAAACCCUCAUUCGCAUUGGCGGGGUCUGGUGUGUCACUUUCCCUCCCAGAAGUUCCCUGCCAUCGAUGGUGGUCACUUGCAAGGGAAAAUCCAGGGGUAGCAAGUGUAUUUGGUGCUCCAAAGCGAAGUCCCUGCUGAAGAAAUUGCAGGAGCUGCCCGAAUCCAGCAGCCCCUCAACCUUGACUGGGUGCCCAUUCGGGAGUUCUAGCACCACUGCUAUGGCUAUCGCUGCCCUGGGGGUCAGGCUGGGGCACUUCUAUUGGUUGCUGGCCUGGCUGCUGGCCCCUCUGGUUGGCAGCCAGGCGUUGUCGUUUCCCUGCGCCUGCCCUUCCUCCCCCUUCUCCUCACAGCCAGCAGCCCCCACCAUCCCUUGCCAGGCCUUUCUUUGAGGGCAGACCCUUGCAAAAUGUCCCGGCCGUUGGCAGAGGAAACACUUCUUGGUGGUUUUCCAAUCCUUCCCCUCCCUCUUGCGACCUUCACUGGAGUUUGAAACCUCUCUCGCGCCGUCUAUUUCCAUUGGCUCAGCCGCCUGGGAAAGCUGUCUCGGUAUUUCAGGAAUGCGGUAGUCAUGGCAACGUUCCCCUCUCACUUCGCGUUUCUCCUGAGCCCGCGCUUCCUGCCUCACUCCAAUCGCAAGCACAGCCUUGGUCAGCUGAUCCAUCGACUGUGGGCGGGGCGCGCGGGACAGUUCGUCCUUCACCGUUGGGGACAACCCCUCCUCAAACAACAUUUGAAUAGGUUCAGAGUCCAGAUCCCACCCGAGCUGGUGGAUCAACAUUGCAAAGCCCGACCAGUAGUCUCUAACUGACUGGCUCCCCUGCUUGCACCCCAUCAGUUCUCGCCGAGUCACACUUUGCUGGACUUCACUGGAAUACAUCGCACCCAUCGCCUGAAAGAAUUUCUUAAGGUCCUUCAAGGCAUGAUUUUGCAUCGCCAUAAGGGGCCUGAUCCAUUCCCUUGCCCCACCCUCCAGAUGCCCCACAAUGUAGGCUACCCUUUGCUCAUCGUUAGCAAAGUCAUCAUGCUGCAGUUCCAAAGCGUACUCUAUUUCCGUUCGGAACGCAUUGUAGUCCUGGGGUUUCCCCCCAAACUUGUGUACCAGCCCCGGUACCUUCCUUGCGAUGGGGGUGGGUCUGACCUGAGCAUCCUGAGCUCAUCUUUCGUCCAGCCGCACCGUCAGGAGAGCUACAUGCUGUUCCAAGUCUCGGUUUCUCUCUACCAGACCUUGCACUGCAGCUGCUUGCUCCGUCUCUCCGGCUCCUCUGGUCUGGCUCAUGGUGCUGCCUCUCUGGAGCUGCGCACAAGCAACGUCGGGGACUGACGGAUUGCUGUAAUGGAUUUAGGGGUUGCUCGUGCGUAAGUUGCCGCCACUGCUGGCGAGGUUACCUGGUUAAACCCUUUCUGACUGAACAGCCUCCAGCAUCGUGACUGUCUCAGUCGCUGGCAGAAUCCGUCAGUGGGCGUUUCUUGAACUUCUUCCAGCACAAAAGUUCUUUGACGCCAAGUCUCCUCCUACUCUCCCUGCGCGGAAGUCUUCUGCGCAGGGAGGGUGUGGGCAGCGGAGUACCCGUACUCUCUCCGCUGGUCUCUGGCAAGGAGUCUUGGAGCCUCCUCUCCGAUUCCCCCAUCUGCCCCCCUUCUCUACUGGUGUUACGCUGAUUUCCUUCCCCAGCGGACGGGCUGCCUCUCUCCCUACUGGGACCCUCUCCGCCAUCCCUCUGGAGCCUUCCCUCCGCCUCUAGCUCCGAUGGCAGUUCCCUGACAAAGGUCUAUAGACUUGAUGGCAGGAUUUAAAUAAACAUUCACAUCAUUAGCAUUAGAAAAUGUGUAGAAGAUAGAAAAACAAUAUGGUGUACUUAUUUUCAUCUUUAUGUUUUUAGGUUUGAUGUUAUUGUAUAAAUAUGUUAUUAGUAUUUUUUCUUUUAGGGUUAGCAAGAUGGGUGAAAGGAGAAACAAAUCAGAAGCGGAAGUUGGGGGAAGCCCAGGAGGGGAGGGAGGGAGGAAUGCAUAGAAAAUGUCAUGCAUAUGAGAUGUAUGUGAUGAAUGAAAAAUAAAAUUGAAUAAUUUUUUUAAAAAAAGAAUUAAUUAGAAUAGGAAAGAUCUCUGCACAUCAGAUCAAUACUUUCUGCACUAAGAAAUGCAAACUGACAAUUCCCCUCCCCGCAGUUUGUCGCCCACCCCAUCUGCCAGCAGGUGCUGUCGUCCAUCUGGUGUGGGAGCCUUCAGAGCUGGAGGGGCAGCACCAAUCUCUGGAAGGUCUUCGUCUCCUGUUCCAUCUUCAUGGGGAUGCCUUUCCUGUGCCUCGUCUACUAUGUGGCCCCCAAAUCCAAGGUGAGGGGUUCGUGGCCGGGCUCCUUUCUCGGCCUCCACAACAGACAGAUCAGCUUUAUUAUUUAUAUCCUGCCUAUCUGGCUGGGUUUCCCCAGCCAAUCGACUUCCAACAAAAGAUUAAAAUACAUUAAAAUUAAAAAUACAUUAAAAUUUAGACUACAAUUCCCAAAACACCUAGGGGCAUCAGGUUUUGGGGGGGCUGAUGUACGACCACGGUGUGUGUGCCCCCUCUUUAAAACACUGUGUGCAACUCACUGUGCGUUUUCUCAUUCCUCCUCAGUUUGGCAAAAUGCUGAAGAUCCCCGUGAUCAAGUUCCUUCUGCAUUCGGCCUCGUAUGUCUGGUUUCUGGUCUUCCUGCUGGCAGAGUCCCUGGCGCUGGAGCACAACAGCGAGACCUUUUCGGGGCGGAACCAGGACCUGUGGGAAACGUCGCUGCACAUGAUAUGGGUGGCAGGUCUGUGGCCCAGGGCAGACAGGCAGGGGAGGGCAAGGAUGUGGGCAGGAGAUAAUUCUCCACUACCACCUUGAGGGCAACCCGGUGUUAGAAUUCCUGCUCCAUGAUUGCAGUCAUGGGAUUGAUGUCUAUCACAUCUCUGUAUAUGUUUUGACUCCACAGAGUGGCAAGUGAUGGAGACAGGCUGUUUGUGUCACUGUGUUCCAUCAAGUGGAACUAUUGUCCUUUUUUCUCUUUGCUGUCUGAUGCUGGAGAGAGAGGGAGCCAUGUUGCAGUGCUCCAUGUGUGUUUAUAUGUAAAUAAAGUAGAUUAGCCAAAAUGCUGAGUUGCUGAGCUCUGUGGAUUCCUAAGUGUGCCAAUGUCUGUUGGCAUUGGUCGCUGUGAUGUUCGGGCUAAAGAAAGCUUUUGAAGCUCCCAAACCAUCGACCAGGAGGGAGGGAACAUGCCAGUUGGGCAUGUGUCUCUGCCAGGGUCCUACUCGAGUGUAGGAUAAGCUCCUGACACCUGGAUCCCUCAGUCCCACACUCGGUGUGUGGGCUAUUAUGUGUUGUCCGGGUAAAGAUCUCUGCUUAAAAGAGUGGUGUAGUGGUUAAGAGCGGUAGACUCAUAAUCUGGGGAACCGGGUUCGCAUCUCCGCUCCUCCACAUGCAGCUGCUGGGUGACCUUGGGCUAGUCACACUUCUCUGAAGUCUCUCAGCCCCACGAACCUCACAGAGUGUUUGUUGUGGGGGAGGAAGGGAAAGGAGAAUGUUACCUGCUUUGUGACUCCUUCGGGUAAUGAUAAAGCGGGAUAUCAAAUCCAAACUCCUCCUCCUCCUCCUCCUCCUCCUCUUCUUCUUCUUGUAAAAGGAAAGAGUUCAGCAGGCACUGAAAGAAACAAUAGAAAUGGCAUCUGCCUGAUGUGUGUCAGGUUCAAGUUGCAGAGAAUAGGUCACCACACUAAAGACCCAAUUCCUGUAUGCCAGGGAUGUCCAACUCCCAAGAGACUGCAAUUUACUCCCAGAAUAAAAAACUUGUGUGGGGGGGUGCCAAGGUUAUUUUGCUUUUUUUAGGUGGGGCUAGGCCAUAAAUCGCACACCCAAAAAUAAAGCAUGCAGCGAUAACUCCGUUUUCCGUUUUUUCAAUCGUGUGCAAAUAAAGGACAGAGCGAGGGGGCGGGGGCGGAUGUUCUCUUCCCCCUGCCCCCCACAGAGGAAAAUGAGCCUGCGAUUAACUGCUAUCACCCGAGUAUCAAUCUGUUGAUCACGGUCGACUGGUUAGACAUCCCUGCUGUAUGCCAUACAGAACAGACCAGCUGAUCAAUAUUAUUUUAAAGGCCACAGUUUAACAAGCUACGGUUUAUAGGCCAACAAAAAAUAAUGAUGGCUUCACAUCGUGGUUGGUGCCAGGAAACAAGUCAUGGAUUGGGCUGGGUUCCCACAUUCAGGGCUGGGUAUUCCCAUUCAGACAAACCAUUGUUAGUCUGAAGAAACCGUGGCCUUAGCAUUACAGUGGUGCCUCGCAAGACGAAAUCAAUUCGUUCCGCGAAUUUUUUCGUCUAGCGAAUUUUUCGUCUUGCGAAGCACGGUUUCCCAUAGGAAUGCAUUGAAAAUCAAUUAAUGCGUUCCUAUGGUCAAAAAAAGUCCAAACAAAGCCAAAUUUGGUACAACUAGAGUUUAUUAAGUGCUCUUUAAAGUCACACAUACUGUAAGGAGCAUUUCAAAAUUCAAACCCAGAAUUUUUUUAAAAAAACAGCAGAGUUGCCCAAUGGUCACAGAAAAUCAUAAAAAUGCAGAGAAAAAAAACAAGCUUCCAGAUUCUUGCAAACCCCUCCCCAACACCAAGUCCUUGAAUUCCAAACACCCCAACCCAAAAUCCAAAACCCCCCAAAAAAGUUUUAAAAGCUUAACUUACCAAAUGGCUGCAAAAGAAGUUUUGGAAAAGCUUCAAAAUCACCAAAGUCUUUAAAAACCUCAAAAAAGGCUACUAUGUACACUGCGUUCUAUGAGUUGCUCCUCGAAGUCAAGUUGCAACUGUAUUAACGGUGUUAAGAAAAAGGAAACAAACUUGCAAGACGUUUUCGUCUUGCAAAGCAAGCCCAUUGGGAAAUUCGUCUUGCGAAGCAGCUCAAAAAAUGGAAAACCCUUUUGUCUAGCGAGUUUUCCGUCUUGCAAGGCAUUCGUCUUGCGGGGCACCACUGUAUGGGCAAACAAAGACAAAGAGGAGACUCUCUUUGCUAAGCUUAAGUGGAGAAAAAGAGAUUGAGAAGAGGCAUCAGAGGUUGACAGAUGUUCUGCCCCUGGCAGUAGUCCCAGCUGGGUGAUGGAGUUCUGGCCAAGUCAGGGACACCAGCUCACAUACCACUGGGACCACUUCCAGGUUCAAGAAACAGAGUCAGGUCAGGUUCCAGCAGGGCAAAGUCAGACCAAGCAGAGUGUCAUCCCAAAUAAGCAAUAUCAGGCAAGGCAGAGGUCAAAACCACAAAGGCAAAGAAGCAAGGUAGGUUGCCCUCUGGAUAGUUUUCAGGGGAGCCUGGGCUGGAAGUUGGACAAGGCAGGCUUGAAUGUUGCUUCAGCAGCUGGACAACCCAGGUGGAGCCUCAAAGAGGACGGCAGCUUCCUCUGAGCAGCCAUCCCUUAUAGGCAAAGCCUCUGAAAAAGACACAGCCUGGAGGACUUCCGGGUCAGCGCCAUCGGUGAAUGGCGGAGUUCCUCCGUCCGGAGGAACGGGCUCCGUGGAAACUGGGUCUUCCCGCCGCGGCGAAGGUGGGGACCCGCUAGAAAUCCCAGGCGGAGGAAGCCUGGGAACGUGGGGUUCGGCAGGGCACCAGGAGCGCCCCCCUACUCGCAGGGAAUCCCAUUUAGGGGCUCCGGAGCAAAGUGGGGUGAGAAGCGCGGUGCUGCGAACUGACUGCUACUUUCACGGAGUGAAGCCGCACAGCCAUUGCCGGAGAGCGCUGACUUUUUCCUGUCGACAAUUGGAUUUAAAAUAAGUACCCGUGAGUAGAAACGGAAAAUUGGAUCAAGAAAUUUCUUAAUUUGGUAACGAAGCGGGAAGGUUCAAAACAGGAAGUCUGCCUUCCGCUUUUUGUAUAUAGACUAAAGCAAAAACUUUGUAAGCUAAAGCCUGGAAAGCUGUCAAAAAAGUCUAAAUUUUCUUCAUUUAGAAUUACUGAAACCCCCUUGGAAGCAGGAGAAAAGGGGGGGGGACUUUGUUCAACCCUAGCAGGAGAGGCAGUGAAGAAGGAUAAGUUUCCACCGUCUCUAACCUGGGAACGGGGUGUCAGAGACAGAAAUUGUUGGAGAGGUUGAAUGGGAUAUUUUGUGAAUGGGAUAUUUUGACAGAUAGCUAAAGAAGAGAAACAAGCUGAUUCCAAUGUUGCCUUUUGCAUCCUAAAGAAACAAAAUAUCUGAAAAAUAUCUGAAAAACGAAAGUAAUUUUCCUUUGUUGGACUUGCCUAAAAAAAAAAUGGAUACAAAUAGAAAUUGCCUCCUCUAGAGGGAGCUUGUCAAAUUGUUGCUGCAGUACACUUGAGGGCUCAACAGAUGUGAGAUUAAGACCGUGGGAACAGGCUUUUCUGACCUUGACUAAAGAUGAGUUGGAAAGAAGACUGGGUGCUUGCCUUAUGUAAGACAAGUGCCCUGCUGGAACAGAUGCAUGAGAAGAUGGACUUGAUGAAUGAGAAAAUGGAUUUGACUGUUGCAGUUAAUAACUGUGGGCAAACAGGGAAUAUUGAUACAGAAAUUAUCCAGGGACCAACUCAUGAAUCUGUACUGACUGGGCAAGUGCAGAAGAUAAUGGAGGAGGAUGCGGUUGCACCCCAAAUAAUACAAAUGGAGAGUCCCGAGGCCCUACAGGAGUAUGAGCCGCUGUCAUUGAAGAUUGAAGUUGGAGUGGGCCAGGGGGAGUCUGGAGUUGAGGAGGUUCCCAACGUUGGAGAGACCUUGGAAUAUGCUUUUAAAUACUUUUUGGACUAUAUUGAGGGGAGUGGGACUGUGGGGAAUGGGCGGGUUUGAUGAAGGGAGAUGGAGACAAUUCUGGCUUGGAACCCCCCAGAGGCCUACCCCUCAAUGAGAAAGGAAAGAAACUAAGAAAGAGACCAACAAAAGACAAGGAAAAGGGCAAGUAUAAACAAGAAGAAGAAGAAUUGCAGAAGGGACAUGGAAGAGACUUAAGGGCCUCGGACAUAAGGCUUCCAGGUUGAUGGACUAGAUGGAAUGGACAGUAAGGACUGACACGAUCCGAGACCAGGAAGAAGGGACGUUGGAUGAAGAUUGGAAGAAAAUUUAUAAAGAAAAUUUUCUAAUUGGGGAAUUGGCUAAAAAUUAAUGAAUAUUAGGGAAAAUGUUGGAAUGAAACUAUAUGACUUUAGCAGAAAUGAUAUCAGGAGUAAUGUAUAUUUGAUAACUAAGAUUCAAGCUUUAAGGUGUUUUAGGGUAAGAUAAGGUUAAAUUAAUUAAGGUAAUGUGAAUAAUAGAAUAUGGGGAAAGAUGGAAAGGAUUUGUUGAGUUAAUUAUUAGAUUAAAGUAGGUUAGGAUGAAUUUUUUAACAAAAAUUGAGAAAGAUGGAAAGAAUUUGCUGAAAUAACUAAUUAAACUAGAAUACAAAAAGGGAGGUGUGAGGAAGUCAAUGAAACAAGCAAAUGGAAGUUUUAGAUAUGUAAGUUGGGAUUUGUGUUGUUUUCUUUUUCUUUUUCUUUUUUUGUUGUAUCGUUGUAUUGGUUUUUGUGUUUUUUCUUUUCUUUUUGUCUAUUAUAGUGUUGUUUUUUAAUGUUUUUUUUCUUAUAAUUCUGAAAACUACUAAUAAAUAUUAUUAUAAAAAAAGAAAAAAGAAAAAGACACAGCCUGUUUUAGGAGCUCUUGAGGCUGGGUUUCCACUAUGGUCUCCAAGCUGGACUCCUUGGUAGGCAAUGUGACCUCUUCAGGCCAGGGAGGGGCUGGCAUCACAGACCACCUGAUGCUGCAACUUCUGAGGAGCCCGAGAUGUCACAAGACUAGCUCACAGGGCACACACUCCUCCUUGUGGCCCAAGAUGUCCCCUGAACCCAUGGCCUCUUCCCCCAAGGAUGGGGAACCAGAGCCCUGGGCCAUGGCAAGGACCAGCCAAGGUUGUCCCUCCUCCAGCUGUGGCCAGUGGUGGGUUUUGAUCCCCUGUGCUUUCCUCCUCCAGGUUUCUUCUGGUUUGAGUGCAAAGAGGUUUGGAUUGAGGGCUUCCGCAGCUACCUCUUGGACUGGUGGAACUUCCUGGACAUCGUCAUGCUCAGCAUGUACUUGGCCUCCUUUGUCCUCAGGCUCCUGAUAUUCUUCCAGGGCCGUGUUUUCUGUCUGGAUAACAAGGAGUCUGCAGAAUGCCGUUACUACACGAAAGCGGGUGAGCGCCUCCCACAAGCUGGGGUCUCGUUCCUUCUUCUGCAUUGGGCACUGACUCCAUAGGUGCAUCGGCUUGCGAGUUCGAUAGAACAUUAAUAAAUAAAUAAUACCUGGCUUUCUCUCUGACAUGGUGCUGGAGGCAGGGAGGCGCUGAGUGCAAAAGCACUUCGCCUGUUGGUAACCCUCCAACGCCGCCAUUAAGAAGCAGCGGUUCUUCUGUUCAUUAAGAAUUUAAUUAGGAUUAGUGUACAGGCACCUGCUGGUAAUGAUGGGACAAGAUCAAAAACUGCCGAAUUGAAAAGCUACAAGGCCCUACAGAUUUUUAAAUCGGAAAGAAAACUUCGUUCGAUCUAAAGGAUGGUAUGGGGGGGGAGGAGCCAAUGCUUUUUUAAUGACUUGGCAACCCUCUGAGAAUACUACUACUACUAAUAAUUCAUACAGCAAGUGAAGAUGAAGGGAGUCGGGAGUAUAGAUAUGGAUUGCAAUGAGAAACGGAACUGUGUGAGGAAAAUAUAAUAGUAAUAAUUUUAGGCAUGAAGGAUUAAUUGAUUAAAACUAAUACCUCACGCAGGAAGAAGAAGGAGAACUUCACUAGUGAACUUAUAAAUUAUUAAAUGUGUUAAUACGAAUUGAAGUUAAAUCAUUGUAGCUGUGGUAUAACGGAUUUUAUCAAGACUGGAUUGUAAUUGGACUGAGCAAUAGUUUGGAAGCAGAAUUAAACCAAAUUAUUAGACCUUGAAGCAUGAGGGGCCAUGUAAAUUUUAUAAUUGGCUAUGUGGUUGAUUUGUAUUUGAAUUGGCAUUGUAAUUUGGUUAAUUGAAAAUGAAUAAAAAUUAUUUACUAUAAUAAUAAUAAAUGGACUGGGGCUGAUGGGAGUUCAGAUUGUCUGGAGGGUCACAGCUUGCGGAAGACAGCCUUUGGAAUGUAAAGGCUUCAGACAUGGGAACAGGGAAGGGCUGUGACCGACAUAAACCUUGCCCCAUAAUGUGCGCCACACACCCGGCACAGAUGCCCCUUCCUUCUCCCUGACCCUUCCUCCCCUUUCUGACCCAGACCGUCAGGAGUGGCACACCGAAGACCCCCAGUUCAUCGCCGAGGUGCUGUUUGCCGUGACCAGCAUGCUGAGCUUCACCCGCCUGGCUUCCAUCUUGCCCGCCCACGAAACCUUGGGGACCCUGCAGAUCUCCAUUGGCAAGAUGAUUGACGACAUGAUCAGGUUUUUUGGGGGGAUGGGGGUGGGGGAAUCAGGAUCCUUCCCUGCCAUCAUCCUUGCACCUGCAGUGCACUGAGCCUUCUCUCCCUCUCAGUGAAUCCCAUGUCUCCCAGUGUGGUGUUCCCAAAGCAAAAGAAGGAUUAGACUCUGAUAAUAAGAAUACACAGAGGCUUGAACCAGCAAGACUCUGGGAGGAGUGCGUAUAAUAAUAAUUCCUGUCUACCCUCCGGCCCAGGUCGUUUUAUUCACAAAAGAACUUUUACACAGUGUUCGUAAGAACCAAUCAAAUUUCCUCUGAGCAUUUGAAAAAACCCCCACGUGGGGACAAAGUUAAAGCUAAAACUACAAAGAGCUAAUUUCCUACUUGAGCAUGCAUAUGCAAUUCAGAGUAAAUAAAAGAGGAAGUGAAGAGGAAUGCUGUUGGGAAGGUCAUGAACAGGAGUAAACAGUAUUUACCAUCUCCUUGUGAACUCUCUUCCUGAACUCUCUUCCUGGCCCUAAGCUUAACAAAACUAACAAUAACUACAUGAAAGAAACUGCCUACUAUCUUUUAUGACCCAGGAUGCCUGAUGCAGCAACUAGCAAUUGGGCUGUGUACGUGACAUGUCAAGCAAGAGAAAUAGGACAGGGAUGCAGAGGCAUGGAUUGAUGAAAAAUCAUAUCAAAAUGUCUCAACCCCAGUCAACGCAAUGCUUUCUUUGCUGACACAAAUGGCUUGCUCUAUAUUUUUUAUAAUUCCUCAUGGCAAUCCCACCUGAUCACUACAUCCCAGGUCUCUGGGGCUUCACCUCUCUUCUUGGCCCCUGAAUGCAGUCCCAAUAUAGGACAUGACUAGUUCUUGCCUUGAAGCAGAGACCUGUUUUGGCAAGGAGGCCAGAGUAGCAAGCACAAGCCCAGCUGGCAGGAAUGGGGCAGCAGACUGCGUCCGUGUCAUGAGAUAGUUGUCCUGAAUGACUCAGAUGACCCCAAAUAUAUGGAAGAACACCUCCUUCCCUACCAUUAAGAUGGGCAGAGAGGCCACUCUUGGUAGUUCCACUGCCCUCAGAAGUCUGGCAGCCUGGAAGAGGGCUUUAUCUGGGGCAGACUCGACUCAGGGAAUUCCUUCCCCAUAGAGGUGUGUCUAGUAUCCUCAUUGAAUAGCUUCCAUCAUAUGCUAAAGGCACACCUCUUCACCUGGGCCGUGGACACCCAGGAUACAUAUUUUAAACCCACUCUAUCUUCUUGACUUUGUUUCAGAUGGUGUUAGGUCUUUUUAUUAGCUUUUUGGGUUCCUUGUGCUUCUUCCCCUCUCCAGGUUCAUGUUCAUCAUGAUGAUCAUCUUGACUGCUUUCUUGUGUGGGAUGAACAACAUCUACGUCCACUACCAAGAAUCUGAAAAGCUGGGGAGGUACGCCAACCUGCUUGUACUUUCUACAGAAAGCACAAUCAGCUCACAUGAAAUCAAUAUACAGUCACACCUUGGAAGUCAAACAACAAGGUUGGCUGCAGUCCUUUUUUUGGUCUCAGGAGAAAAUCCAGAAUCAAAUGUCAGUGCCACCACCAUGUGCAAAUUGCAAAACUUUGCCAGAGGCAAUUGGUGAAUCACCUGUGGGUGCCCUCCAGGCUAUUAGUAUUUUUCAAGAAGGAUUCGAGCGUGUGCUGGAACUUUAGGUUUGCAGAAUUAAAAUGAAUUCAGGAGCUCUGUUGUUCUAGUGUGACAAAUCCACAGUCUGGAAUGUGAUAGCAGAAUGCAUUGAAACAUGUGGGAUGAAUGAAUGAUUAACAGGAAGACAUGUAAACACCCCACAAGCAAAUCGGGAUGCUCAUUCUCCUAUAAGCAUGCCAUAAUCAACAAAUAAAAAGGAACGCCCAGCAAAGACUGGAUAUAAUCAAACUUCCACAUAAGCUUUGAGCAAGUAGAUCAGGAUGCACGUUGAAUAAAUAUGGAAUAAAGAGGUUUUCUGAAUGUUAUAAGAAAAAACCUGCUGCUUUCCCCUUAUGGGGUUCCCGAGAGCCCAUAUAGAGUCCUUUUGUAGGUUCUCUAUCGGUAGGAGAAAAUAACAGAGACCAACCAGAGAAUAUUGAGAAGUAAAGCAGCUCGUAAGCCUGAUCUUUAUUGAUCUGUUGCAACAGGGUGCUCCCCUCACACUCAGGAAAGGAGGAGGAACCCCGAACAAAGGUGUGCCUGCCCUUAUACAUUUUAAAUUCCCUGCCCUGGAGUUCAAGACCACCCCUCCAUACUUCAUACGUACAUCCCAGAAAAGGUGGUCUACAACAGAAAUUUGAGUGUUGUUUUUCCUGUCUGGCAGGUUUUCUGAUAAUGCCUUAUCUGAUUGCCUUUCCUGAUAGUCUGUCACCCUUUGAAAUGGUGAUUACUCAAUUCCUGAGAUAAUGAGAAGGCUCCCUGACCCCCCUCCCUCCUUGCAGAGAAAACAUUUAGUCAGUUUGGGAGUCAGAUUGGUUUCAGGUCGGUCUUCCUGUGCUGAUCUAUGUACAUGCUUGGUUGGUACAUUUAUGAACAUUUAUUAUAUAUCUAAGACCUUAAAAUUAUUAUCGCAAUAUAAAUGCAGUAAAGAAGCAACGCUGUACGGAGGAGUCACCCUCUCGCUGCCCCAGCUGUUUCAGCUUGCUAUCCCUUCUCCCAUGUAGCUUCAACGAGACAUUCCAGUUCCUCUUCUGGACCAUGCUUGGGAUGGAAGACCACGAUGUGGUGGACAUGCCCCGGUUCCUCAUGGCUCAGCUGGUGGGGAGGGUGCUGUAUGGGGUCUUCACCAUCGUCAUGGUGGUUGUCCUCCUCAACAUGCUCAUUGCCAUGAUCACCAACUGCUUCCAGAAAAUUGAGGUGAGUGCUGCUGCCGGGGGUGGGGGAGGGGAUUGAGAGGUGGCCUUUAAGGUGUACUGGAACGGGACUGGGGUGUACAAAGGGACAGGCGAAUGCCCCACUUCAUAGGGUACACACACCAGGGGCUUGCCACUAGGAAUGUAAGGAGGCUGUGAUUUCUCUCCUGUUCGGCAUUUGUCAAAAUCAGUUCUGUUCCGCUACAGUUCAGCUUCCACUAAACCCUGUGCUAUUCGUCCUGCUAUCUGCUGUGGCUGAAGCUUACAUUCCUUCAUUAUUUAAUAUAUUUCAAAGGAAGCGAAGUGUCAGUGCGGUAAAUAAUUGCGCCUGUAACAUUUUCAGGCUACUGACAGAAAUGCAAAUGGCAGGGAUUUCCAUUUUUGAUGGAAUUCCCCAAAUAUCUCUAAUUUCAUAUCCACCAUCAGUCCCCAAAUGGAUAAUGCACAAUGGUCCUUUCCUGCUAUUAGUCAGACUUGGUAUAAGUUAAAGUAAAGGUAAAGGGACCCCUGACCGUUAGGUCCAGUCGUGACCGACUCUGGGGGUUGUGGCGCUCAUCUCGCUUUACUGGCCGAGGGAGCCGGCGUACAGCUUGCGGGUCAUGUGGCCAGCAUGACUAAGCCGCUUCUGGCGAACCAGAGCAGCGCACGGAAACGCCGUUUACCUUCCCGCCGGAGCGGUACCUAUUUAUCUGCUUGCACUUUGAUGUGCUUUCGAACUGCUAGGUUGGCAGGAGCUGGGACCAAGCAAUGGGAGCUCACCCCGUUGCGGGGAUUCGAACCGCUGACCUUCUGAUCGGCAAGUCCUAGGCUCUGUGGUUUAACCCACAGCGCCACCCGCUAUAAGUUAGGGUUGCCAUAUUUCAAAAAGUGAAAAAUCUGGACACCAAAAAAAUCACACUCAAAAAAAUGAAGUUUUGAGCUAUUUUUAAGGAAAUAUGCCAAAAUCUACACUUCCAGCAUGGGUUGCCAUAUGUACGGAUUCUCCCCAGCAUUUCAGUGAUUUCUACCCGAAUCCUGGCUAUGUAUGCCACCCCUAGUAUACAUCAUCUUCAGCCAUUCCUGGACUGGCCCAGCCUAACCACGGUGGUCCUUGCAUUGGAGACCUGAAGACUUGGUUACUGAAACACACUUUCCAUGGGGCUGCCCCUGUGUUGGGUCCAGAAGCUUCAACGUGUGCAAAUUGCAGCAGCCAGACUGCUUACAGGAGCCGAUCACUGGCAACGUGCUACUCCACUGCUGAGAGAGCCAGGCCGAUUGUCAAUUUGCUACUGGGCCAGUUUCAAAGUACUUGCGUUAAUUCACAAAGCCCUAAACAACUUGGGCCAAAAAUGGCUUUAGACUGAUUCAAUAUUCUCCACUGAGAUCACCGCGAUCCUCUGAUGGGUUUGAUGGUUCCCUGCAGCCCUCUGACAUUUGGUUGGCCAUCACUUUAGUGCCCUGUGGAACUCCCUGCCAGUAGAGGUUCACCAGAAACCAUCCCUGCUAUAUUUCAGAUGUUUUUGGUUUUUGGAAAACUACCGUAUUUUUUGCUCUAUAAGACUCACUUUUUCCCUCCUAAAAAGUAAGGGUAAAUGUGUGUGCGUCUUAUGGAGCGAAUGCAGGCUGCGCAGCUAUCCCAGAAGCCAGAACAGCAAGAGGGAUUGCUGCUUUCACUGCGCAGCGAUCCCUCUUGCUGUUCUGGCUUCUGAGAUUCAGAAUAUUUUUUUUCUUGUUUUCCUCCUCCAAAAACUAGGUGCGUCUUGUGGUCUGGUGCGUCUUAUAGAGUGAAAAAUAUGGUAUAUAGUUUAGGCAGGUCUUUGUAACAGCAGCAUUUAUUGAUAUUGUUAGUUAUAUUUUUAGGGAUACCCUAGCUUCUUCUAUUCUCACAUUCCUGAGGGCAAGCACUGUCUUGUUUCUUGAUAGUUCUACUGAUCUUCUGUAAGGUCCUCUGGGAUACUUUUUGAGGGCAGGGCAAAGAUGCUCUAUAUAAAUAAAGAGCUCCCCCCCCCCCCCCGGUAUUUACCAGAGUCUUCCUUGCCGCCUCUUCUCUCCUGUGUUCUUCAGAACGAUGCCGACGUGGAGUGGAAGUUUGCCCGCUCCAAGCUCUACUUGUCUUUCUUCAGAGAAGGCUUGACGCUGCCAGUGCCCUUCAACAUCAUCCCGUCACCAAAGUCCAUCUUCUACGCUGUCAGGUAAUUUGUCCGGCUGCUCCUGAGACGCUUGAGGUGGGGAGACUCUGAUAGUUCUGGGUUAAACUUAGCCCUCGGCAGCAGAGGACUGGCUUAAGGAUUGGCAGACUCUGCAAAACAGUUGCUUUUACAAACACAAUGCCCCAUCGUUCUGCUCGGACACUGAGGUCCAGCUCCGAGGCCCUUCUGGCGGUUCCCUCGCUGUGAGAAGCCAAGUUACAGGGAAGCAGGCAGAGGGCCUUCUUGGUGGUGGCACCCGCCCUGUGCAACGCUCUCCCAUCAGAUAUCAAAAAGAACAACAACUACCAGACUUUUAGAAGACAUCUGAAGGCAGCCCUGUUUAGGGAAGCUUUUAAUGUUUGACAGACUGUUGUAUUUUAAUAUUCUGUUGAAAGCCGCCCAGAGCGGCUGAGGAAACCCAGCCAGAUGGGCAGGGUAUAAAUAAUAAAUAUUAUUAUUAUUAUUAUUAUUAUUAUUAUUAUGCAUUUACCGGGAACCAGUCCUCGAAUGUGACAGCCCAUAAUAGCAGGGAGCUAUCAUUGCAUUAUUUCUGGAUCCCACCCCAAACUUUUUCCCCCCUAGGCAAGGCUAUUCAGUCAUGUUAUUUUAAAAUGAACUUUUAUUAUGUGUAAUGCUUUCAAGAUCCUAUGCCCUUUUAAAAUGUGUUUUUUUGGGGGGGGGGCAUAUCAGGUUACUGUUUUUAUUUUUUAUUAGGUUUUUUGUGGUUUUAUAUCUUGAUUUUAUUCUGUGAACCAACCUGAGACCCCCAGGUAUAGGGUGGUAUAUAAAUUCAAUCAAUAAAUAAAAUCAAUAAAAAAGAUUUCUGAUUUUGUUUAUAUUUUGAUGCUGAGUAUGUUUUUAAUCUUGGCUGUUAUUGAAAUAUCUUGAUGAAUAGUUUCUCUUUUGCAAAACAGGAUAUAUUUUUUUUUCAAAUAAACAGUAUGUAAAUUUAGUUAAAUUUAUUAUUAUUAAUAAUAAACAUUACAGUCCGCCUUGUUCACAGGCCUCCCGGCUCACCUCUUUCUUCCCCCAUCUUCUCCCAGGGGCCUCUUCCGCUUCCUGUGCUGUUACAAACCAAAGCGCCAGCAGAAAUACCCCCCCAUCUCAACCAUUGUAAGUUCCCUUUGGGGCUGUUUCAAGGGCGUGUUCCUUGCACCCACGACUCUGCUUGCAGUGGGCUGUCCUGCUCUCUUCCUCAGCCUUUGGGGAGAUUGGGGGAGAGUGCCUCUUGGCAGUAGCAGUUGAGAAGGUGGGCUGGCGCUUCUGCAUCCCUGAUGUUGUAAACAAAAUCUGCCCUUAUUCCCUUAUGGGGUAUCCAAGAGCCCGUAUAGAGUCCUUACGUAGGUUCCCUAUUGGUAGGAGAAAAUAACAGAGGCCAAGCAGAGAAUAUUGAGAAGCAAAGCAGCUAGUAAGCCUGAUCUUUAUUGAUCUGUUGCAACAGGGUCCUCACUCACCACACGCAGGAGGGAGGUGGAACCCAGAACAAUGGCGCACAAGGCCUUAUAAAGACUUUUGAAAUUGCCACCCUGUAGAUCAAGACCACCCCCAGAAACAUCAUGCAUACAUCACAGAAGGGGUGUAACCCAAGACCACCCCCCAAAAACAUCAUACCUGCAUCACAGAAAAGGUGGUCUACAACAGAAAUUUGAAUGUUGUUGUUUUUCCUGUCUGCCAGGUUAUCUGAUAAUGCCUUAUCUGACUGCCUUUCCUGGUAGUCUGGCCAUUCCUUUGAUUCCCCAAUUCCUGUAACAAGGAAGGUUUUUUUCCUCCCUCCUUGCAGAAAAACAUUUGGUCAGCUUGGGAGUAAAAAUGGUUUCAGGUCGGUCUUCCUGUGCUGAUCUAUGUAUGUGCUUGGUUGGUACAUUUAUGAACAUUUAUUAUUUAUAUAUAUAAGACCUCAAAUUUUAUUAUUACACUGAUGACAUCACAGGCCCUCUUGAAUUGACAACAAUGGACCUUGGGUUAGGGUGGCUUACCUGACCUCCCGCGGUGGACUCACCUCCUCACUGUGUGUGUGUGGGGGGGGCUCCUGCUGGUGAGCUUGCACAGGAAUGACCUCCCCAUUGCCUUGCCCCUUCCACUCUCCCUCCCAGUAUACAGCAGCAACUCUGUUGCCAGGAGGUCAGGUCCGUACCUCCCCCUGACUCCUCCGCGCACUACGUAUUGGACCCCUUUUCCUCCAUUCAGUGACAUUUAUAAAAGACUGUUGCAUCAAUUAAAAAGCAGUUAGGGCCAACUCCUAGUGCCAUAAUUGUUGGGAUGCGUCCAAAGAAACGGGGGCAAUUGGCAGGCCCCCAGCUGGCUCCAGCCCACCGGCUGGUAGCCGGGCAAACUCCAGUACUUGGAUCAGCGUGUAACUGCGACUCGAGCUUCAGAAACCUUCAGAAGCUGAGCACGCAAGCCAGCAGCGUAAAAGAACUCUUCGCAACAGAAGGGCAGAUAGAGGCUGUGUAAAGCGUAUUUACCGGCAUUUUAUUCAGCAUCAGGACAAAGGGAAAAACAUGUCUUCUCCCCUUCGUGUCCAAGCAAGCAGCAUAAGCAAAAGCUAUACACAAACGGAAGUUCCCAGCAAGCUGUGCUGGAAUGUAAAUAGACAUGUGACAUACAACAAGUCCACACAUCUGCUAAGGUGGAACGGAAUAGCAUAACAUCCUCCCCCUUUCCGUGUAACCUGUAUCACCUGUGGUUCAACCCAAUUGCAGCCGCUGUACACAAACCUCAAGCUGUUCUUUGUUAACAACCUUAGACAACAGAUCUGCAGGAAUUUCGUUUCCUGGCAUGUAGGACACCUGAAUGAGUUCUUUCUGAAUACACUCUCUUGCACGAUGUAACUUAAUCUGCAAGUAUUUGGUUAUAAUGUCCUGCUGUCUACUGCUUUUCAAAUAAUUGCAUCUGUUUGUUUUUUGACUAAUUAUUUUGGAAGCCAUGCCUCUCUGGGCAAGCUGAAGCAUGCGCAGAGUGCUUUGCAGCCACAACCUCCUGCCUGCUAGCCUCCAGAUGUAGGCCUCCCUCCAGGGCCCUUCCAGGAGGCGUGACCCCCUUCUGCCAUGUUUCGUUUGGGAACCCUGUCACCCCCUGACUCUGCCCUUCUUCCCCCCCAGUCUAACCCCUCCACGGAUGAGGGCGGCCAGCGUAUGGAGGGCCGCGCUGCCUACCGGCGCCAAGUGCUCAAGGCACUGGUGCAGCGCUACAUCGACACGGCCCGGCGGGAGUUUGAGGAGAGCCGCAGGAAAGGUAAGCAGUGUUGCCUCGGAAGGGGGAUCCCGAUGGGGUGCCAUGUCCAGAAGGGCUUGCCCACCACCCUCCCUGCCAGACUUCUGCAACCGGGUGCCCUCAGCUGUCUCAACCACAGCUCCAUCAGCCCCAGCCAGCUCUGGUGUAGGUUCUGGGAGUCCAAACCAACUGGCGGGCAUUCCCCGCUCCCUUUCUGCUUGGUUCCCGUAUCUCUUUCUGUGAGGCCUCUGUCUCUUCCAACCCCCAUUGCCCCUACGGUCCCUGCUUUGCAACCCAUCUGUCCUGCUUCCUGCACCCACCCUGGUUCUUCUUGGUGCCCCCACCCCGGUUGCCCCCACAGCUUGAUGCUUUGCUACCCCUCAAGGCUUACUGUCUCUCCCGCUUUGGGUGGGAUUCAGUCAGAAACACCAGAUUCAGGUUGCACGUUGAGAGCUGAUUGAGCAGUCUUGUGCAACAAACCCACUUCCCCAAAUGCUCUCUCUUUUUGCCCCAAGGAACGUAGUGGGAUAAUGCCCUGGAAAGUGUGGGAGGAUGCUUGCUUUGACACAGCAUCGUCUAACCUUCCUGCAAGCAAAUCGGAAUGAAGGCUCAGUAGAUAAUCCAUAAUAUCAAACAUCCCUACAGAUUAGUUCUCCUCAUGGAGGAGAUGUCUCCAAAGCCUAGAGGAGGGGAAACAGUAGGGUUGCUGACUAGAUUUUCCAUGGGGCCUGGGCAGAAUCUCACCCCCACGAGGGCUCCCUCUUUUGUGUCCUUUUGGUGGGAAUGUUCAGGGUGGCAGGAGAGGAUAUAUUGUUUAUUAAUAUUCUUCCUGCUUUGCGCUCUCUAGUUCCUUUACUUAGCAGAGUUUACAUCCCCCUUUUUACAUGCACAGCAGAUAGCUGGUUGCAGGCUCGUGUGAGCCUCUCACUAUUAUAUAAUUCAGCCUGUCUAUGAUUGAAUUGUACGUUCCUGGUAAGUUCACUUGAAUACCUCUUAAAAGAAUAAAGACACCAGUGGCAAAACUACUUGCCCCGCUACGGGGGGCGGAGAGCAGGCGGAGUGUGGCUGGCGCCCCCUGGGGGCAUGGCAUGCAUCCUGGGGGCAUGGUAUGCUGCCGACAAGGGCAUGGCGCGCCUCCCGAAGGGGUGUGACUCACAUUCUGGGGCGUGAUGUGCCACCUGGCGCACGGGGGGGGGGGGCAGGGGCGGUGCAACAUGUGUCUGGGAGGGGCGCUGUGAUGGCACCCUACUGGAAUAGUGAUGCCGGGGGUGAACUGCUCCCUCCACACCCCCAUUCCUCCGCCAGUGAAAGACGCGACACUCUUAUUCAAAGUCAAUAAAAGAAAUUUACUCACAUCAGUUUACAGCUGGAUUCCUGAAGGCAGACUUAGUUACAAAUAUGUACCUGUAGAUCUACCCCAUAUGGGGAAUAAUCCCAGUGCUUCUGCUAGCUGAGAGCUAACAGAGCAGUCCUAGCUAGAAGCUGGUCAAACGAAGAAGGAAGUGAAACAGAGAAACAGUGUGCUGCGUGACUCGUCCUUUUGUUACCUGGACAGGUUAGGUCAUGCCCACCUUCUAUCACAUGCAAAAGGAAGGAUGCUCCAGCCAGGAGGAACAGGAAGUUCCGACUGGCUGGACCAAACAUUCCCUCGCAUGUCCUCUCUAGCAUUACAAGGAAUGUUGUUCUUGACUGCCUCUCAUGGAUCACAUCCCACACUUUUUGCCCGCAGAUCUGGGGAACCGCCUGACAGAGCUGAACAAGUCUGUGCUGCGCCUCCUCUCCGACAUGAAGCAGCUGCGCCACACCGUGGCCGACAACGGCAUGGCAGACAACCCCUUGAACGGGACCAGCGUCCUUCAUAAGUACAUCAUGAAGGUGCGCAGCAGCUUCCAGAGCUACGACAACGAAGCAGGUGGCUCUGAGCAGGGGCGCCCCACGGACGCGGCCUUGCCCCAGGAUGGGGCCGUUGCCAACGAGGACGCAACGCCGUUGCCUCAGGAACUCUCUGAGGGACAGGAGGAAGCUGAGGAAGGGCCGCCCCAGGUGGAAAUUGAGGAGCCUGGGGUGGAGGCUGAGGAGAGGCCGCUGGAGGUGGAAGCUGAGGAGAGGUCACCCCAGGUGGAAGUAGAGGUGGCAAUUGAAGAGAACCCUGUAGGAGAGCCAGAGACUUGA